AAAUGCUGGUGAUGGAGUAAUGGGCAAUGCUUAAGAGAAGCAAUUCAUCUUCUGAUGCCUGUGGACAAAACCAAUGUUCAUUUGGCUACAUGUUGAUCACAGUUUUUGUCACUGCAUGUAAUAGAUUGGUGUCACUGUGAUUAAUUUGGGAAAUAUUAGAUUUAGAAAGUUCUGCAUUUCAUAGCUUUUCAAUUUUGUUAUAUCAAUUCGUUCAUGGGGUUUUUGAGUGAAUGAAGUCCACUAAAAAAAUGCUCUAGCCUUAAACAUCAGAUAAAGUCCCAAGAACUAGUUUAAAAUCUACCAUCAGAUAGAGUCCAGCAAUUCUGUUGUUCAUGUCCAGAACUGGGUGCUCCAUUGCAACAUUAAUUUUUUUGUUCACAUCACUGGCACCUUGCUUUGAUCAAUGUGAUUAAAGGCCUUUAUGUUUUAUAUUAUUGGAUUCUAUCGAUUUACCGAUUGCAUGGGUAGGAUGGUUUUUUUAUGUACUAUGCUGUCCUGUUGCUGUUGAUUCUUUCCUUCUGUUUAAUCACAUCACUAGUCAUGUCCUAUAUAAAACUAGAUUUUGUGUAUUAUAAAGGUUGCAUUCACUUUAUGCUUAUGGUUCUCUUACUCGGUAUAUAUAAGCUUUUAACAGGUUUCAACUUAAUGCAAUUAGGUCCCUCACUCUCUCGUACUGCCAUCAAUCCAAGUUGGUGAUGCUGUUUCAAUAUAAGAUUUUGUUUUAUUUAUAGAAGUUCCCUGCAGGCCUGUGUUCACGUGGGGGCUUUAUACAUGUAAAGACCAUUUGCUGCCAUGUUGCGAAUUUAAGGAACAUGAAAAUUUUGUGUUGGGAAAUAUGGUUUAUGCAGUAGUUUGUUAAAUAUAUGUUAUCAUUAUUUUCAAAUCUGAACUGCUAUAAAGAGAUUGCAUGCAUCCCAACAACUUGGGCUAUAAUUUUGUCCUUUUAUCAUAUUGUAGGCGACAUAAAGAGAAAAAGGAAGAAGCUACACAACCUGAUGCUGAUCCUGAAAGAGAUCAAAGAACUGUGUUCGCCUAUCAGAUUUCUCUGAAAGCUGAUGAAAGAGAUGUAUACGAGUUCUUCUCAAGGGCUGGCAAGGUACGAGAUGUUCGUUUGAUUAUGGACCGCAAUUCAAGGCGUUCUAAGGGUGUUGGGUAUAUUGAGUUUUAUGAUGUCAUGUCUGUCCCAAUGGCAAUUGCACUUUCAGGCCAACCUCUCCUUGGUCAACCAGUGAUGGUGAAGCCGUCAGAAGCAGAAAAGAAUUUGGUUCAGUCCACAACAGCUGUUGGUGGAUCCACUGGACUUAUAGGUCCUUAUUCUGGGGGAGCAAGAAGGCUCUAUGUUGGGAAUCUGCAUAUCAGUAUGAGUGAAGCUGAUAUUCGUAAGGUAUUUGAAGCAUUUGGUCAGGUUGAGCUAGUCCAGCUGCCUCUCGAUGAAAGUGGGCACUGCAAAGGUUUUGGCUUUGUACAGUUUGCACGCCUUGAAGAUGCCAGAAAUGCUCAGAGCUUGAAUGGUCAAUUAGAGAUUGGUGGUAGAACAAUCAAGGUAUCGGCUGUUACUGAUCAAACUGGAAUGCAAGAGGUUGGAGGAAAUACUGGUGAUUUUGAUGAUGAUGAUGAAGGAGUUGGCUUGUCCUUGAAUGCAUGUUCUCGAGCAAUACUAAUGCAGAAGUUGGAUCGUAGUGGCACUGCAUCAAGCAUGGUUGGUUCCCUGGGUAAUUCUGUUGUCAACAACACAGGUCUUAAUCUACCAGCAACAGGAAACAUACUUGGAGCUGUGCCCGCGGGUUCUCCCCUUUCUUCUAUUCCUGCAGUAUCUGGGUUGGCAGGUGGAGGUCUCCAAAUUCCCAUGGCUACAAUUCCUACUAUUGAUACAAUCGGUGUUCCAAGUGAAUGCUUAAUGUUAAAGAACAUGUUUGAUCCCAAGGACGAGACUGAACCAGAUUUUGAUUUGGAUAUUAAAGAAGAUGUUGAAGCAGAAUGCUCUAAGUUUGGGACGUUAAGACACAUAUAUGUUGAUAAGAAGAGUGCUGGUUUUGUCUACUUACGUUUUGAAGAGACCCAUUCUGCAAUAAGUGCUCAGCGGUCCUUGCACGGACGAUGGUUUGCUGGGAAGAUGAUCACUGCGAGCUUCAUGGUGCCUCAGUCAUACGAGGAUAAAUUCCCAGACAGCAGAUAAACUGAUGAAAUAAUCAUCUUCAGAAUUAUAUAACAGCUUUUACUUGUCUUGGAUUGGCUAAAAGGUGCUGUUUAUAAAACUUGCAUAAUUUUUUGGGGUGUUGGUUUUCUAUAAGAGUCUGUUACAGUAUUACUGUUGUGGCUUGGCAGUGGUAUUGAUUGGAACAAGGGUUUUUUGAUGCUACAAACAUUGAUGUAAUUCUACUUCGGCUGAUGCCAAUCACAGUUUUGAUGUAUUCUCACUUUCUUUGUGGCAUAAGCCUGAAAGGAACCCCCAUAAUCGGUUGGUCAACAUGUUUCGGUCACUAGUA